AUGGCGCUUCCACGGGGUAUGCGCGCCCUGGCCGCCGUCACCCUCGUCCUCUUCAUCUUCGUCCUUUUCCAGGUAUUCCAGGGUCCCACGUCGCUGUCAGGACCCUCGCACAAGAUCGAUGAUUGGGUUAAGGAUCCCCAGAGUGAUCCUUCAGGAGAGCCCGCCGAGCCGCUGCGACGAGUCGAAGGCAACAACUAUGCCGCCGAUAACCUGAACUCCGACCGCGUCAACGCCACCAUCAUGGCUCUCGUGCGCAAUCAGGAACUGGACCAAAUGCUGAUGUCCAUGAGGGAUUUGGAGCGCACAUGGAACCACAAGUUCAACUAUCCCUGGACCUUCUUCAACGACGAACCCUUCUCCGAUGAGUUCAAGCGCAAGACGAGCGCUGCCACCAAGGCUCGGGUCCGCUAUGAGCUCGUCCCCAAAGAACACUGGGACGUGCCAUCGUGGAUCAACAUGGACCUCUUCGAUGAAUCCGCCGAGCUUUUGAAGGAACAAAAGGUCCAAUACGCCGAGAAGAUCUCCUACCAUCAAAUGUGCCGCUGGAACAGCGGCAUGUUCUACAAGCACCCCGCCCUGAAGGAUUAUCGCUGGUACUGGCGGGUGGAGCCGAACGUACACUUCUUCUGCGAUGUUGACUAUGACGUAUUCGCCUGGAUGCAGGACCACAACAAGACCUAUGGAUUCACCAUCAACCUUUACGACAGCCCCCAGAGCGUGACCACCCUCUGGCCUGAGACUCUCAAAUUCUUGGCAUCCGACAACCACGCCGAGUUCUUGCACUCGAACAAUGCUAUGGACUGGCUCACGGACAGCAAGCGUCGCGAGCAGCACAAUCUCCUCGCCAACGGUUACAGCACUUGCCAUUUCUGGAGCAAUUUUGAGGUCGGCGACAUGGACUUCUGGCGUAGCCGCCCGUACGAGGAGUACUUCCAGCACCUGGAUCGCUCUGGUGGCUUUUUCUACGAGCGUUGGGGCGAUGCACCGGUACAUUCGAUAGCACUGGGCAUGUUUGAGGACAAGAGCAAAAUCCACUGGUUCCGCGACAUUGGCUACCAACACAUCCCUUUCUUCAAUUGUCCCACGUCGCCCAAAUGCAAGGGCUGCACCGGUGGCAAGUUCACCGACGGUGAAGCCUGGCUCAACAAGGAAGACUGCCGGCCGAACUGGUUCAAAUUUGUCGGCACCGAUUAA